AUGUUUAUUCUCAACAGACCAGAGAAACUCAAUGCCCUUAAUCUUGGAAUGAUUAGAAAUAUAGAGCCACAGUUAAAGGCUUGGGAGGUAUCCAAACUAGCAAAGGUUAUUUUGAUGAAGGGUACUGGAAGUGGAAAGUUUUGUGUUGGAGAUGACAUAUCUGAGGUUCUGUUAAAAGUUAAAUCAAAAGAUCCGGAUGCGCUCUACUUCUUCCAAGAGAAAUUUGGCUUAGUGCAGACAAUUGCAACAUUGAAUACGCCAUAUGUUGCCAUAUUAGAUGGCUAUGCAUUGGGAGGUGCUACGGGACUUUUUGUACAUUGUCCAUUUCGAAUCGCUACCGAAAAGACCAUAUUUUCGCUACCUGAGGCCAGUAUUGGAGCGUUUCUCAGUUCAGGCUCGAGCUUUUUUCUACCUAAGCUCGAUGGUGAGACGGGAACUUAUUUGGCUUUGACUGGUGAUCGGUUACAAGGAAUCGAUACAUUCUUUGCUGGCAUUGCAACUCACUAUGUGCCGUCGUCCCGAUUAUCAGCCCUAGAAGAUCGGCUCAUUGAUCUGGAAACAUCUGAACACGAAAUCAUCCAACGUGUACUCGAGGAGUUUGUAGAUCCUGUGGCUACGGACAAAAUUGGAUUUACACCAGUUGUACGUGAAACAAUUGACAGAUGCUUUAAAUACGACAGUGUGGAUGAGAUUAUUGGUGCACUGGAAAACGAAAAGUCGACUACGUGGAUAAGAGAGACAAAGAAGAAGAUCAUGUCAAUGUCACCAACAAGUUUGUGUGUUACCCUGAAGACACUGAGAAAGGCUCAAUUUAUGUCAUUUAAUGCUUGUCUUAAACUCGAAUUUGAUCUUAUUCAAAAAUAUCUAGUCACCAAAGAUUUUCACGAAGGCGUCAUUGCAGCGUUUUUGAGUAGACCAAGAAGAAAGCCUCAAUGGCAACCGAGCUCACUUGAGGAAAUAACUGACGACGAUAUCGAUCAGCUGUACUUUAAUGAACCAUCACCAAAUGCACUCACAUUGCCGUCUCGACUCGAUAUUAUAGAUCAAUACCCUUAUUCUCGUUUCGCUCUUCCAACUGAGGAUGAGGUUCGACGUGCAGUUACAGGCGAAGGUGCAGAGUUUGGAUUUGAAGGUCGACUGAAGGAAGAAAAUGAUGUGAUCGAAUGGUUCGAAAAGGGUCACAAACGAAAGUGGGGAGUUAAAGAAAAGGUGCUCGAUAUUCUAAGGCGCAAAACAGUAUCCACUGAAGAUGGUCUUGCAUGGAAACGCACAUUAUAGAUUUGUAAAAUGCGCCUUUUUAUUUUUUAUUUAUAUAAUGCCAUAUAACUUUAUAUACAUCU